AUGGCAGGGUCCAGUAGCUCAGGCUCAGGCUCAGGGCUAGUGAGCUCGGAUCCAACAGUGAGGGAAGCUGUCUGUAUGGGUAGCGGCCAUGGGGCGGCGAAAACCACCAACAUCAACACUCGAAGCAAGCAAGCUUUCAAUCAGCGAACCAGCUCUGCAAAUGGCAAAGCAGCGAAGCCGGCGGUCAGCCAGGCUAACAAAGUGAGCAAGCCAGCAAGCAAGCCGGCAAGUGUCGCAACCGGGGGUAAUGCCACGAGCAUUGCUACCAGAAACGAUGGCAGCCAGCCGACCGAGACAUCGGUCAUGACCCCUAACAACACGCAAACACUGGAAAUUGCCGACGACUUCCUGAUGGAUAUUAGCGAGGAUCUCAGCCGUCCUGUACGACCUCACCCGGCUGGUAUUCACCAGUCGAUACACGCACCAAUCAUCUUCCGGGCAUCUCGAUCGGAGCCGGUGAAAACAAGAAGCAAGCGCAGCGUCAUCCCAAGCAUCGUCGACUUCAUCGGCACCGAUCCCAACCACAAGGACGAACUCUCAUGGAACCCGCCGUUAUCAUCAGCUCUAGCCGAGAAGAGUAGCAACGGAUGGGUCGCGAGAAAAGCGACAAAAUCAGCUUUAGGCAAGGAGAACUGGCCUAUUUUGAAUGCCCGGUCGUAA